AUGCAGUUCUUCACCCGCAUCACCGCGCUCGCUGCAGCUGCAGCCCCUUUCCUGGCCCAAGCUGCUCCCGUCGUGGCGCCUCCAGCAAACGAGAUCAUCCCCGGAAAAUACAUCGUUCAGCUGAAGCCUGAUACCGACGUUGCAUCCAUCGCAGCCCACCACAACACUGUGCGCAGCAUACAUGCCCGCAACCUCGCUCGACGAGGCGACGAUGGCCCCGUUGGUGCUCCAGUGGACCGCGAGUACGGGUUUGGCGACUUCAAAGCCUACGCUGGGUCAUUCGAUGAGGCGACCGUUGAAGAGCUGAAGGCUCUCCCUGAGGUCCUCACCAUUGAACCAGACUUUAUCGUGAGGAUCAACGCGGUGGUGACUCAAGCGAACGCACCGUGGGGUCUAGCCAGCAUCUCUUCCCGCAAGGCAGGAGCCACUUCAUACGUGUAUGAUGACAGUGCGGGCAAAGGCACCUUCUCUUACGUUAUGGACACUGGUGUACGUAUCAGUCAUAGCGACUUCGAGGGACGAGCCACUUGGGGCUACAAUGCCGUGAGAGGCACCGCCGACGCCGACAACGAAGGCCAUGGAACGCAUGUAGCUGGAACCGUGGGUGGCGCCAAGUACGGUGUUGCUAAGAAGACCAACAUUAUCGGCGUGAAGGUUCUGGACAGUGACACCGGAAGCGCAUCAGACGUCUUCGCCGGAUUUGACUGGACGGUCAACGACAUCGUUUCCAAGGGCCGCCAAAACACCGCCGUCAUCAACGUCUCCCUUGGCUCUUCCGCGUCAACAACAUGGGACGCUGCCAUCACUGCAGCCUGGAAGAAGGGCGUUCUCGUCGUGACAUCGGCAGGAAACGAGGAUUCCCCUGCUAUCAACAGCUCGCCAGCUCGCUCCCCUGAAGUCAUCUGUGUUGGAAACAUCGAAAUCACCAACAAGAGGCACAGCGGCGGUGGAGGUUCCAACUACGGCGCUGCGGUCGACAUCUUUGCUGCUGGAACAAACAUUGUAUCGGCAUCCAACCUGGGCGACACAGAGACGAGGACGCUGACCGGUACUUCCAUGGCAUCUCCUCAUGUAGCGGGCUUGGUCUCGUAUCUUCGUGGUCUUGAAGGGCCGUCAACUGCUGCCGAUGUCAAGGCGAGGGUGUAUGCGCUAGCUACGCCCAAUGUUGUUACGGAUCCCAUGGGCUCGGUGAACCUACUCGCGUUCAAUGGUAACAGCAAGUAG